GAGGUUGAAAGCGACAAGGAUCGUGACACAGAUGGAGAUGCAGAGGAACAAAGCGAGAAAGAUGAGCCUGCAGCGGGCGAAGAGGUUGAAAGCCACAAGGAUCCUGACGCAGAAGGAGAUGCAGAGGCACCAAGCGACAAGGAUGAGCCUGCAGCGGGCGAAGAGGUUGAAAGCCACAAGGAUCCUGACGCAGAAGGAGAUGCAGAGGCACCAAGCGAGAAAGAUGAGCCUGCAGCGGGCGAAGAGGUUGAAAGCCGCAAGGAUCAUGAUGCAGAAGGAGACGCAGACGCGAAAAUCGAAAAAGAUGAGCCUGCAGCGGGCGAAGAGGUUGAAAGCCACAAGGCUCGUGAUGCAGAAGGAGAUGCAGAUGCGCAAAUCGAGAAAGAUGAGCCUGCAGUGGUCGAAGAGUUUGAAAACCACAAGGAUAGCGAAGCUGAUAAUCCAAGAGCUCAGUCACAUCAGGAGCUCGAACAGUCGAAACUCGAUGCUGCUGCCGGGGAUGCUGCGGAUGUAGCAGACACCUCCCAUGCGGGACAAGAUGGCGAAAAGGCGCUUGCUUCAUCAGCGGGAGCAGCGAGCGAUGUCGCUGGCGCUCUUCCAGCCCGACCACUCGAGGCACACGAAGCGCCGCACAGGUUUGCUGAGAGCCCUCGCGAACCAGCUGGCCGAGACGAGCGGGACGGGAGACCUUCCGCACCGUCGCCCGCCAGGACACGGGUGCCCAAAGCAGCACCACCGCCAGUGCCAGCACCGGCGCGGGCGCGGCCGCCACCAGCAGCUUCAAAUGACUCGGACUCAGACGACUGA